AUUUAGUAUCAUUCGUUCAUGUCAUUACCCCGUCACUAUGGUCUGAGGUCAACGACCACUGUCGUUCUAGUGUGUGUCGAGUGCAGUCGCACCUAUUAAUAUAGUAAAUAAUUAACAUUGUAAAAUAAUGUAAAAUAUAAGUCAUCUCACAUCAAGUCGUUUAAUUUAACAAACAUAAAAACAAUACAUGGUGUCAGAAGUGAAAGUAACAACGAAAUAAAGAAGAUUCGUUUGUUAACGAAAAAUUAAAAAAAAAAAACAAAAUGUCUACCGAAGACGUCGGCGACACGAGGUGCCGUGUGGCCGGUCUGGAGUGUCUUAAGUUGUCGUCGGAGGCAACCGCGAACAACGCGGAGGCGUGGAGGAAAUGGUGGCAGCGACUGGAGCUGUAUCUGCUGGCAUCAGGUUUAGACAGGUCGGAGGAGAAGCGGAAGGUGGCCAUUCUGCUUCACAGUAUUGGCCCUAAAGGUCUCGAAAUCUUCAAUACCUUUAACAUCAGCCUGGAUGAAGCCAAAAUAGAAGACGUCAAGGUCAAAUUCGACCUGUACUUUGAGCCACGCAAGAAUCUUACCAUGUGCAGGUACAUGUUUUUUACAAGGAGGCAAGCUCAAUCCGAGAGCAUCGACGAUUUCAUAACCGAUCUGGAGCUAAAGAGCCAGGAUUGCGAGUUCGGAACCCUGCGCGAGUCCAUGAUCCGGGAUAUUUUCAUCGCCAACAUGCACAUGGAUUUGUCACACAUCCGGCAAAGGCUGUUGCAAGAGCCCAACCUCACCUAUGAGAGGAUGCGAGAGUUGGCGAAAACCCUAAUUGUCGCACAGCAGGAUGCAGACAAGAUGAUUAACAAGUCCAUCGUCGAAGACGGCGAGAAGGUGAUGCAACUGCGUCAAAGGAGCGGCGGUCGACGAGUCUGUCGACAGCGUGCUUCAAGUCAAACGCCACAUCGGGCCACGUGGAAGUCUCCCAGUCCGAUGAGGCAGUCAGCAUCAACAUGUGGUCGCUGUGGGCAGUCUCAUCGAACGAAGUGCCCAGCGAUCGGAGUACAAUGCAGGUCAUGUAACUCAUUUGGUCAUUAUGCUAAGUUUUGCUAUAAGAAUAAACAAGUCAGACAGUUGUAUUCGUUUACUUCCAAGUCAAUACAAAAUGAUAAUUAUUUUGUAGGAAUUUUAAACAGUCAGUCGAGUCAUAAUCAUCUUAGUCAUUUACAUAAACAGUCACACAGUCAGCCACAAAAACAGUCAAAAAGUCGAUCAUACAGUCAAAAACCCGUCAAUACGCACACACACACACAAGAACACAGUCCAGGUAAUCUCCAUGAUGACAAUGCUUAUUGCACUGAGAGAUUACACUGUCAAAACAAAAAUAGUCCAAGUCUAGGUAAUCUCCAUGAUGACAAUGCUUAUUGCACUGAGAGAUUACACCGUCAUAAUAAAAACAGUCUUACAAGUCAAAGUCUUAAUAAAAAUAGUCCUAUAAGUCAAAUAAGUCAAAAUAAAAAUAGUCAAAGUGAGCAAUAUUCAUGCUACACUAAUAAAAGUCCAAAGUCCGUCAGUCGUAAGACAAUAAAUAACAAUAAAAACAGUCAUAGUCUAGGUCAAGGACAUGUUAAUUAUAAUAAAUCCAAUAAGAACAGUCAGUCCGUCAAUAAGUCACAUAAUACACACUUCCAAAACAUUAAUCACCACAAGUACACUAAGAAGUCACAUCAUUGUCAGUCAAAUGUAAGUAAUUCAGCAUCAGAAACAAAUAGUCACAACAUGCAUUCAAAUAUACCAAACGUAGCAUCUCAUCUAAAUAAUUUAAAUCAACAAAUUAGUCAUGUCAAGGGUAAUUCAGUUUCAGAAAAUCAUUAUUCAGGUAGUUCAUGGAAAAUAAACUUACAUGUGGGUAACCGAAAAAUAAAUUGUGUCAUAGACUCAGGCGCAGAUGUAAAUGUCAUAUCUGUCAAAAACUUGAAUCUGUCAAAGUCACAAAUUGAUAAAUGUCAUGUAAAUGUCACAGGAUUUGGUGGCAAUAACAUUCCAAUUCUAGGCAAAGUAAAUUUAAAAUGUAAUUUAAACAUAGAAAAUAGAAAUAUUUGUGAAAAUAUAGUGUUCAUUGUAGCAAAUAUACUCUGUCCAACUGUCUUAGGUCUUCCCACUUGUGAAAAAUUAGGGUCUUGGAUGUCUACCCCCAGUCUGUCAUCUGAAACUCAAGCCUGGUGCAGUUCCGUGUAUUGAUCCGCCAAGGAAAGUUCCGUUUGCAUUGCAAGGAAAGCUGCGCGAGGAAUUGGAUCGCAUGGAGCAAAUGCAAGUCAUACAAAAAGUCACAAAACCAACUGAAUGGGUAAAUUCU